CAGUCUACAGUCACAGUCUACUCAAAAUACUGUAGACUGCUACACACUAGAGGACAGAGAACAGGCCUGUUAAAUCUGAGCUCCAUUUUUUGCUGAUAAUUUGUCCGUUAGACACGCCAUUACCAUUAAUGGAAGCAAAGGGCAUGUUUCUUUGACUGAAAAAAAAAAAUUCAAAUGAAAGAUUAAAGCUCAAAGAUAUCAUCUUUCAUCAUCUUUCACCAACUUAUAUUAAAAUGGAGUAUGAAAGGAUUGAAAGACCUCAGAGAGGAGGUGGGUUGUCACCUGCAAAGUUGAGGAGUAUGUUAAUGGGAGUAGAAAAGAAGAGAAGGGAACUUCUUAGUGAAGUGGAUUCAUCUUAUUCUUUGAGAUCUCAGCAUUCUGGUGUAGAUGAUUCAGGUAGUGAUUAUCCUGAAAGCUACAAGGAUGUGGACGUUGUGCGUGAAUUUGUUGAAUGCUCGACUUCAACAACCAUGCAAUCAGAAAUGAUCACUGAUCGCAAGUCAAAAGAUCAAACUCUAGUCACUUCAAGGACCGGGUUAAAUGAAGAGUUCGAGGAAGAUUGUGGAUAUGGUCAUGACAACUUGGGUGUGGUUUCAUCACUCUUUGAAUUUCAGAAGGCAGAGCGAGGACCUCCAAGAGUGCCAGCUGCGCCAUUCUCGAAGCCAGCACCAUCAAAAUGGGAUGAUGCACAGAAGUGGAUAGCGAGUCCUACUUCAAACAGACCAAGGACUGGGCAGUCAAAUAACACGCAAGGGGCAAGGAAGACUAACAUUUUCGGACAUGGAGGUAGGAAACCUGCAACAAAAGUAGUUCUAGAAGUUCCAGAAGAAAAAGCAGUUGCUUUUGAAGAGCCUGAUAUGAAGAGGAUGGAUUCAAAUCUAGCUAAGAAAGCAAAUGCCACACAGAAAUUGGUAUGCUGGGAGUCAGAUCCAUACUCACAUGCUGAUCUACUUGGAAAAACAGCGCCUAUGAUUGACAAUUCACUUAGUGAAUCUGCAAUUCAUCUCAGUCAACAUGAUUCAUCUAUAUCAGUCCAAACAUCGACAGCUAUGAUUCCACCUACAACAUUUGCUAGAUCUGUUUCCAUGAGAGAUAUGGGGACAGAGAUGACUCCUAUAGCCAGCCAGGAACCUUCAAGAACUGGAACUCCUGUCAAGGUGAAAUCACCGAUGCACAGCCCUACGUCUUCAAGGUCAUCAACGCCUAAAAGAGCUCAUCUAUCUGCAGCACAGACAAUCAUGAUAAAUGACAACUUAAAUCUGCACAGAAAGGAGCUCUCAGAGAAGGAGAUGCAAAUGAAAACAAGAAAAGAAAUAAUGGAACUCGGAAUGCAGCUUGGUAAAGUGAAUAUAGCUGCAUGGGCUGGUAAAGAUGAUGAAGAGAGCGCAGCAUCAUCUUCCGUGAAUGCAGUGGCUGGUGAACAAGGGUCUAAGAAUGUUAUUGAGAGUAGAGCAGAAGCUUGGGAGGAGGCUGAGAAGGCAAAGUACACAGCGAGAUUCACUAGGUUUGAGCGUGAAGAAAUGAAGAUUCAAGCAUGGGAAAAUCAUCAAAAAGCCAAAACCGAGGCUGAGAUGAGAAAAAUUGAGGCUGAAGUGGAAAGAAUGAGAGCGAAAGCACAGGAUAAGUUCAUGAGCAAGCUUGCUGCUGCAAGUCACAAGGCAGAAGAGAAGCGGGCAGCUGCUGAAGUGAAGAUGAAUAAGCAAGCAUCUAAGGCAGAGCAGCAGGCCGAGUAUAUCAGAAAGACUGGCCGAAUACCAUCAACGUUUUCGUGCUGGAGCUGCUGCUCUUGAUGUUCUGCAUUCUGUGCUUCCCAUCAUCCCCUUUUUUUCUUGGAUCAUUUUUGUAACUAGUGUAUUGUCUAUUUUGAUUGGGGUUCCUCUCCACUUCAGGGAAAUUAAAUUAGGAGAAGCCUUUCUCAUAUGUCAAAGAUGUAACCAAUUUUCUCUUUUAUACAAGAACAUUAUCUUCUCUGA